AAGAAAAUUAAAAUGUUGCCAAAUUGUACCGAGGACAUUCCCAGUACUUCUCUGCAGGGUACUAUUCAGGAGGAGACGGUUAAGUUACUGAGAUGGAAGAUGGAGACAGAUAUGAGGAAAGAAGAAUAUGAAAGAAAGCAGAAGAUGACAGAAGGAUUGGCUGAACGUCAACGUGAUCUGCUGCUUAAGUUGGAGGGGGAGAAGGCGGAGUUGAAUGAAAGAUUGAUAAACCUGGAGGUGGAGAAGGAUCAACUCUACCAUCAAGUUAUCUACACUCGGGGGGAGCUCGAGGUACACUCUGCUCAGCUGGAGCUGUUCACCAACCAGCUCAACAGGAGUAAGGUGGACGGAUCCAACAAGCAGAAGGAGAUGGGGUUGGUUGAGAAUAGUCUGACUGAUCUAAGUUAUAGGUUUCAGAAUCUCAAUAAUAACCAUGAUGAAAAGAUCGGUGAGAUUAGAUCAAGGAUUAAUCUCUUGGAGACGGAGAAACAGAAAUCUACAGAAACCUUGGUGGGACGGAUCGGGGCGCUCAAGGAGAAACUAAACCUUACUCAUGACAAGGUUAAAACCCUGGAGGAGAAAGUGAACCUGAUCGGACAGGAUCUGCUGGAAAAGUCUCAAAUCCUAUUCGGAAAAGAGAAUAUCAUCAUCAAGCUGAAGGAAGCUUUGAACAUGGAGAACAAGAAGAAGAAGGAUAGUGAAGACAUCUCCGAAAAAGAACUAAAUCUUGUCUCCAUUAGGGUUGAGGAGCUGAAGUCUGAUAUAGGUUCUCUUAAUGCUGAAAUAUCCGACCUUGAAAAUUCUCAUGUUCGUGAAAAACUAGAUAUCCAGGAUAUCCUCUCUAGUAUUGAUCAACUAACCCAGGAAAAGGCGGGUUUAAUAAAAUCCAACGAAGAUUUGAUUAAUCUGAACAACUUCUUGUCGACAAAGUCCAAGAUGUUGUUGAAGGAUGUUGAGGAGGUGAGGGAGGACAACAACCUUCUGCAGGUGAAGAUGGCGGAGUUGGAAAAACUGAAGGAAGAAUAUAAGAUUGCAAACUCGGAGCUCUCAGCUUCCGAAGAAAGGAACAAGGAUCUGAAGAACCAGGUCCGGAACCUGAGCAGGGUUAGGAAGGAGAAGCUGGAGCUGAACACCAGAGUUCUGGAUCUAGAAAAACAGAUUUAUGAAACCCGCGAAACUUACGAAACUUACGAAACCCAGGCUGAAGAUGAGUUAAAGAAAGGAAAACAGGCCAUGGAGGAUGGAAUAAGACAGGAGUUGGAGAGAUCCUCUGAACGUGAGGCAGAAAUUGCUAGUUAUGUUUCUAGGAUAAAGAAGGCCAGAGAGACCAACCUUCUCCUGCAAUCUGAUAUUGCUGUGAUAGAUGAGAAACUGGAGGCAGUGAAUAAGGAGAGGAACAAAGUGGAGAAGGAAAUGAAGAUCAUGGUUCAAAGUAGGACGGAAACAAUGAAGAAGAAUGAGCUGCUAAGAGAAAGGUUAGCUAAGAUUAGGAGUGACGGAGAAACAGCUCUGAAACAAAAAUCAGAUGAGAUCCAAGGAUUGAAAGAUUUUGUGAAGAACCGAUCUAAGUAUAGAACUGCAGAGAGCGGACGGGUUCACUCCAUGCAGGGUAUUUUAUUCACACUAACGGAGGAACUAAAGAGGAAGAGAAGUUUGGUUUUAGAAAACCAAAGAAGAAUACAAGAGGUUCAAAAGAAAUCUAGAAAGCUAGAGGAGUUGAAGAAAAAGAAUACGGAAACUAUGGUUGCUGAGGAGAGAAGAGAGGUGAAGGUUCGAAUCCAACUGGAGAAAUAUACAGAGGACUUGAUCUACCUGGAGACUAGUAUCCAGGACGCAUUCCAGGAGAAAAAAAUUGCAGAACAGAAAACUCAAAGUUUAUUACAACAACGUGAAUCCCAGAAGGAGUUAAGGAAGAGGUUGGAGAAGGUUGAGGUUGAAACUUCCCAGCUGGAUACUGUGGUUGGAGAACUACAGGAGAAGAUAAAGGAGAACGAGAAGGUUGAACUGGAGAAGAGGGAGGAGUUGAGUAGAGUUGAGGAGGAGGAUAGAGAGGAGAGAGCCAGGAUAAUGAUAUCUAUUCGUCAGAAGGAAGAAGUUAGCAGAAAGAACAAAGAGCAGCUAGAGGUUGAGAUAUCCGACCUCACGGAGAAGAUAAAAGAUAAGGAAACUAUGCUCAAGGAGAAGGCUGAAGAGAUAAAAUCAAUCAAUGAGAACACUCAGAGCAAGGGUUCCGUUGUAAACCAAAUCUUGAAGGAAACUGAAAUCCUCAUGGCUAAGUUGGAGAAUCUUACAAUCCAGAGAAAGGAGUCGCCAUACGCCCAAACCAGAAACCUUUCCCAAACCAAGGAUUAUUCUAAUCCGAGGAAGGAUGGUUCCCAAACCAAGGAUUAUUCUACUCUAAGGAAGGAUGGUUCCCAAACCAAGGAUUGUUCUACUCCAAGGAAGGAUGGUUCCCAAACCAAGGAUUAUUCUACUCCAAGGAAGGAUGGUUCCCAAACCAAAAAUUAUUCUACUCCAAGGAAGGAUGGUCCUCAAACGAAGGAUUAUUCUACUCCUAGGAAGGAUUGUUCAACUCCUCCUAGGCAACUGAGUACAAAGAAGAAGGAUGUUUACGACCUUGAUUUCACAGAAAGCAGUGAUAGUUCUAGUCCGGUUCAACUGGGGGAUAUUUUCCACACGAAAAAAACUGAAACUAAGGACUUGGUUUCAAGGAGUCAGCCUAGAGUACAGAGUUUGACUACUCCGACUACAAGGAUUUCUAAUCUUGGUAGAUACUCCGACCCUAGUGGUAUGCGUCGAACUCCAGUUUAUGCCAGAUCCGUAACACCUUUAACAAGGCUAGGAGGUGGAGCAACCAGGAAAGUGAACUACAUGGAAACCCAUGAAGGAAGUGGGGAUGAUAAGAAGACUGGUCCGACUACUGACAUGACCUCCAAGGCUAACAAGAUUUCAGGCUGGACAACGGAUGAGAGUGAAUUAGAAUAGAUGUACAGAGGAGUAGAAUUCUAGAUCCACUUUCCUUUACAUUAUCCCCUUCCUCUUUACAUGAUCCCUUAUUCUAUCCUGAUCCCUUAUUCUGUUUAGACCCCUUAUUCUAUCCAGAUCCCUUAUUCUUUCCAGAUCCCCUUAUUCUUUCCAGACCCCCUUAUUCUUUCCAGACCCCUUAUUCUUUCCACAUCCCCUUAUUCUAUCUAAGAUCCUUUAUUCUCUUCAAAUCCCUUUUUCUAUCCAGUUCUACUUUUUCUAUCCAGAUCCCUUAUUCUUACCAUGAUGCCUUAUUCUAUCCAGAUCCUCUUAUUAUAUCCAGAUCCCCUUAUUCUAUCCAUGAUCCCUUAUUAUAUCCAGAUCCCCUUAAUCUAUUGAGAUUCUCUAAUUAAUCCCUAAUCCCUAAUUCUAUCUUUUUUAAAUGUUCCUAAAUCAAGUUAAGAUUACUAAUUGAAUUUAGUUCUCCUGAUUAGAUAAAGUAUCCACUAUAUGGACUUAUUUAAACCUGAUUGUUUCGUUACAUAACAUUCUUUAAAGAAUUUGGGAAAUAUGAUUUAAUUGUAAAUGUAUUGUGCUAAUUUUGACAUAAUGUUUUAGAUAUAUAUUACCUAUCAGACCUAUAUUUUGAAAAUUCACUAAAAAUUAUUAAUUUAACAUCUUAAUCUCAUCAUACUUUUGAAAUUUUUGCUAAAUUAAAAAUGAUGGUUAAGUAAUAUUCUGACAAAAUUGCCUUUAAUAUUUGUAUAAAAUAUCCAUCUCUUCUGAACCUGUUCAGUGUAUUCUUAUAAAUCUACGGAUUUAUCUUCUGUUUUAAUUAAAUUAUAUAAAUUCUAAUAA